CUGCUAUUCGGUUUCUCGUUGUUGAGUCUUUGUGAUCGUCUUAUUGAGUAUCGUAGAAUAUCGCGGAUAAUCCACGUGCUGUCUGCUCACACGCUGCUAUUCGGUUUCUCGUUGUUGAGUCCUUGUGAUCGUAUUAUUGAGUAUCGUAGGAUAUCGCGGAUAAUCAAAGGCGGACUACAAUCACACGUGCUACCCUCGUCGGAAGAGCAUUGCCCCUGCCUGUUACAAUCGAGCUCUGCUCAUGGUUGCUGCCUUUUGUUGAGUGUUUCGGAACUUCGAACCUUGUUUGGAAGUCGUUUUGGCCACAUUAUUAGGAAUAUUCGUAUCUACCUUGUCCUGCUUUGGGGCCCGUUCAUUUGGUUACGCGUUCCCAGGCAGCACAAAGAGCACCAGAAAAUCGAGGAAUGUGCCAAGGAGAGAAGCACAACUUACGGAAUCUGGGCAGGAAGCAAUUUGUAUACGAAAUCAUGCAAUAUUUCUGGAAAAGGUUUUCAACGUUCGUUUCUGGUUCACCAGGAUACUCUACUGGGUCAGAAACACUUGUUUGCAAAUCAGACGUGA